AUGAAGAUCCUAGUAUUGGCAUUAUUUUGCCUGGGAGUAUGUUUGGCAAAUCCUUUGGAGAAAAAGGAGAAGAUAAGCGCCAUAGAGCAGCAGUCUGUGACGCUAACGGAUCGAGCUAAGUACGAAGAGGAACUUCUUCGUAAGCUCAACUCGAAAUGCUCCCAAAACGAUAUUAGUAGUUGCGUGAUGUUGAAGUUGGUGACGUAUAUGAACAAGUUGUUGAAGAAGGCCUCGAUCGAGCUCACGGAUGACAUCGAGAUCAGGAAGACGAGCCAAACGUCAGAGGAUGUGAUCACGUUCGAAGCUGGUAGAAGUAAGGACGAUGAGACGCAAUUUCUUGAUCUCGUCGCAAAUAAAUUUUACGCCUUCAUCAAAUCGAGAAGCAUCAACUGGAGGAUUUUACCCGAGGAUGAUAUUGUUGUGUCCGCGUCGGAGGAUGAGACUGGCUCGUUAAAUUUGGGUCUAUCUAUCGAGCGCGCUGACAAACCUAUUCAAGACGGACGUGGAAAGAAGAACAACAUGGGCCCGUUGAUUGCCGCGGCUGUCUUGAAGAUGGGCCUCAUCGCUGGUCUCGCAUUCAAAGCGCUCGCCCUCUUGGUCGGCAAGGCUCUUCUUCUAUCGAAAAUCGCUCUUCUAUUAGCUGGUAUCAUAGGUCUAAAGAAGCUCUUUUCGCAAGGAAAGCACGUGACUUACGAGGUGGUGGCACAUCCUCAUCAUGACCAUGGCCACGGCGAUAGCUAUUCCAGCGGAUGGGGGAGAAGUUUUCAUGAACAAACGCCGAUCUUUGGACAGUCAGAGGCGCAUGAACUGGCUUAUUCGGCGCACGUAAAGUAAAUAAUUUUUAUGGUCGAAAAAAAGCCAGUAUCCAAGGAUCGUCCGAGAUCGAUGAUUGAGAUGAGAAGUAUGACGUUCUCGGAUCCAUAUUUUUGAGAAUUUUCCGUAGAAUCACCCCGCAUAGUAUUUAUUUAUAUUAUCCGUUUUAAUUUUUUUUCCUUUUUGUCUUUUUUCCUCUUUUUUUAUCUCUCUCAUCUUCUGCGAUCGUUAUCGUUGCACCCUCUAACUCUCUUUGCAGUAAUAGCAAACAUACUCUGUUUAUUUAUUAAAUGUCAUGCCCGAAUUUUUGGACGACGAACAGCACGACGCAUGAAUACGCCAAUGACGCACAGCGACGCACCUAUUUACGGCAACGGCGACGUAAGGACGUCACAUUACGGAUUACGGAUACAUAGGCAGGUAAACAAGAGCAUCUCCGAUGUGUGAAGGACAUUACAAGAGUUUUACCUACUUUCGUGACUCUACUUAUAGAUAAUCGCGGAUACUGCGAGACUCUCGUCAGUAGGACAUUAGAUUAACCACGAGUAUUAUAUUCUAUUAUAUUCUUUUCGCUCUUAGUAUUUGAAUCUGUGAUAUCUCGAAAAUUUAGAUCUACAUUCACAUUACAUAUUAAAUAUGAUUAUCUUACUUUUGGGUUUAUAAUUUUGCAUAUUUGGCGCUAUAACUGUCUAACCGUUUUACAUGUUAAAUAGAAUUUUUGACAAAUUAUACUCAGUAUCGAAUAAUUAUAAAUUAAUGCUGAAUGUAGAGCUAAAUGAAUAUGAGAAUGCACACAGACACACACAUAGAUACACACAUAACGCACGCACGCACGC